CCGGGAAAUAGUAUCGCCCAGACAAUUGUUUACUUCCGGCCUUCAUUGGUUUUAAUAAAAAAAACUUUAAUAAAAGAAAUCCGUCAGAUUCUCUAGUAUAUGCAAUGUAGGUCGCACACAUCAAAGAUUGACAAGCAUGAAUGGAAAACCCACGGGACGAUUAAGUACAGUGGGAAAAAGCUCAAUAAGAAGGGAGUCCUACUGGAGAUUGAGGGGCUGAAACCUAAUCAAUUCAAGAAUACUCAGUUUGAGAUAGCAGCCACAGCUGACCCUUGGGUAUUUGAAGUUGAGACCAAGUUUAUGGGUGUUGAAGUGGAAAAAGUAGAAGUCAACUUCCAGGACCUUCUACAGCUGCAAUCCAAAGGCGUUGUGUCGAUGGAGAUGUUCGGCAAAAUGAAGAUCAACGUCAACCUCUUCAUCUUUCUCCUUAAGAAGAAGUUUUGCAGUGGAAAGUAAUCCCUCACCAUCAUCAGCAGUAAAGUGCCACUUGACAAAUAGUUCCUGCUCUGUCCAGCGUGGAACACUUUUAGGUGUCAAUGUUUUCAAAAGUAACUGAAAAAAGGAGGUAUUGUGAUAGCAUUGGCUUGGUAUGUCAUUGUGUUAUUUAGCAAAAACUUAAACCCUUGGGCAUUACUAAAAACUUGUACAACAUAUUCAAUUAAACUUGGUACACAUGGUGCCUGAUACAAUACACCCUUGUUGCAAAGCCCAAUACUGUGGUUUAAAAGUUUUUGAGUUAUCUUUUUUGACAUGUAAAACAACAAUAGACAAAGAUAAGCAUAAGCUAUGUUGCACUCCUGUUAUAGUGCUGAUGCAACACCAUUUCAAAAGCUCCGCUCAAAACCCCAGCUAGUUAAAAGGUAGUAAUGUUACUAAGUCAGAAUGAGUCCACUGCAUUGAAUCUUAUGAACUUACGUUAUUUUAUUAUUUUUUAAGAAGAACAGAAAUUUGGUCAACCAGGAAUUCUACAUGGUAGUUACAUAAUUGAUAAGUCUAUUCAAGAUAGAAGGCAACUUUUUAAACAGUGCACUUUAUAUUAAAGGUGAGUUAAUAUGAAUAAUUUCAAUUUGCUUCAUAUUUUUCUUGGCUUUGAAGAAGUAAUUUUUAGCUCGACUAUUCGAAGAAUAAGGAGAGCUAUACUACUCACCCAAGCAUCUGCAUCACCCCUUGGUAAAGGUUUUGCGUGCAAGCACACAUAGGUUAAUAUCUCAGCAACUACUUGAGGUAUUGCAUUGACACUUUAUACAAUGGUACUCAACCAUCCAACAUACUUAAUUAACCAAGUUAGAUAACUCUAGUUUGCAUUUAAUGCCAAUAAUAGGCCUUUAUUAUUUGACUUAGAAAUUCUGGUUAAGGUUUCGCGUGCAAGCACACAUAAGUUAAUAUCUCAGCAACUACUUGAGGUAUUGCAUUGAGACUUGAUACAAUGGUACCGGUACCCAACCAUCCAACCUACUUUAUUUACCAAGUAAGAUAACUCUAGUUUGCGUUUAAUGCCAAUAAUAGGCCAUUAUUAUUUGACUUAGAAAUUCUGGUUAAGGUUUUGCGUGCAAGCACACAUAGGUUAAUAUCUCAGCAACUGCUUGAGGUAUUGCAUUGAGACUCGAUACAAUGGUAGUCAACCAUCCAUCCUACUUAAUUAACCAAGUUAGAUAACUCUAGUUUGCAUUUAAUGCCAAUAAUUGCCCUUUAUUAAUCGACUAAAUAAUCAAAUUUGCAUGUAACCACAUUUAAGUCAAUAUCUCAGCAAAUAUAUCAUGUAUUGCAUUGAAACUUUACAUAUGUAUUCCCAACUAUAUAACCUACUAAAUUACUGAAGUAAGGUAGCACUUUUUGAAUAUAAUACAAAUUAUGGGCCUUUAUUAUUUGACUUAGAAAUUCUGGUUAAGGUUUUGCAUGUAAGCACACAUAGUUUAAUAUCUCAGCAACUACUGGAUGUAUUGCAUUGAGACUUUAUAAAAGUGUACUCAACCAUCCAAUCUACUUAAAUAACCAAGUAAGAUAACUCUAGUUUGCAUUAAAUUCAAAUAAUUGCCCCUUUUUUAUUCGACAUAGAAAUUCUGGUUAAGGUUUUGCAUGUAACCACUUUUAAGUCAAUUCUUACACUGAAAAGCGGCGGAAUAGUCGAGCGCGCUGUCUCUGUGACAGCUCUUGUUGUAUAUUAUACUCUUUCUGUAAAAAAUACAAAACUGAUGCCCUCUCCUGAGUUCUUGUUACAAAUGGGGCCAUUAUUGCCUUUUAUUAUAUCCUUUCUGGUAGUUUAUAGAGAUAUAUCAGUGAAAUAACAUUUCGUUAUUUCUCACUGUUUGGAAAAUUUAGCCCGCUCCAAAUCAAACUUCAAGGGGGAUUGGGCUUGGACAAUUCAAUAAUGUCGCAUACAAUUUAGUGCGAUUUUCUAAAGAAUAACAAUUUACUUUCAUUUUAUAUUCUUUGGCUAUGCCACUCUUGAAAUACAGCUUUUGGUGCAGACACUGUGAAAUAUAUCACGAUCUUACUCUGAAACAAAAAUUAUCUUCUAUUUAUUGAUAUAUGUACAUAUCUACUGUUGAAAUUGUUCGUUUUUAUAAAAAACUUAAAAUUGCAUCAAAUGAACUUGAUGCCGUAGUUUGAAGUUGUAUUGUAUGCAAAAAGUUGAAUGAAAAUGAUUUAAAUACCCGGUACUUGUUUCUUAAGAGAUAUUUAUACAUGUAGUCUUGAAUAAUUUCACUGUUUGAAGAUUAAAGCCAUGGCACUGAUUAUCAUUGUUAUAUUAGUUUCUUGUUGUCUACAGCUGGUUUGCUUGAAGCUUUCUUGAUGCACUUUUAUUGAAAUGAGUGUUGAUACAGUUUAACACACUAAAAAAUCACUUGAUUUGUUACUUAGUGCUUUGAACCUUUGUCUUUUUAAGUCAUGUUCCUUCUGUGGUUAAGAUCACAUGAGAUAAAAUCAUAUUUAAUAUAUAGGUUUAUAUUAGAAAAAAACACUUGUCAAAAUGAGUUUUUGUAAGACCAAUUCCAAUUAAUUCCAUUAUAUUUGACAUCAAAUUUACAACAAUGUUUUGAAAUGGGCUUCUGCAUUAAAGCUUUCCGAAUGAGCAUGGCUUUUAAUUGAGCACUUGUUAGCCAGUAUCAACGUCUUGUUUUGGGUUAAAUGAAACAAUGUUAGUAUUUAAUUAAUAACAAAAUAAAGGUGUUUAAUAAUCAUUAGUUUAACUAUUUAUUUUAAGAAAUGCAAUUAUUUACCUUGCAUUAUGUAUAUAUUUAAGAGUGUGAAUAUAAGAAAUCUUUAAAUUGAUAGAAUUCCUCUUUUACUUUAUGCAUUGGCAUUGUUUAAAUGUUGUUUGGUCAACGCAAGGGCCAGCGUAUGAUGAGCUGAACGGCCUAUUUGUUAUUGUUACCUUUUUACAAAUUUUAACCUUUUUAAAGGUGCUUUAAACUAAUAUAUUUUUAUUGUGUUAUUUGUAUCUAGUUAUGUUCAAGUUUUGAUGCAAUAUUUAUUACACGUAUGUAUGAUUUGUACAAUUUUGUAAUGAGAGAUUUGUAAAUAAAUGCUUUAUAUUUCA